CUUUUGACCACAAACAAUCGUCUCAGCUGAGAAGGAAGGGUGACUGACUUGUAGUUUCUGUUGUUCUCCCUUGUGUUGUGUGAUAUAUUUCUGAAUACGAAAUUCCGAGAAGCUUUGAAUACAGUACAGUAAUAUUACGGUUUUCCUAUAGAACUAUCAACCAUGAGUGAAUUGAGUCAAGAAGAGAUCCGGAGACGUCGUCUCGCGCGACUAGCAGCCCUCGGGGGCCCUGGGGCCGCGCCCGCAGCCCCCGCGACCCCCGGGGCGGCCUCCAUGCCCUCGCUGGACCCCGCCGCGCCAGCGCCCCGCCUGCCCGCGACCCCCGCGCCCGCCUCCGACCCUACCACCCCCACAGAUGCCACCAAUGCCAAUAAAGAACCAAAGUAUUCUGAUGAUGUCAAUAAAAGUGAUGUUUCAAAUCAAAACAAAAUACCCUCAGAUGGUAUCAUUGUAACGGAAAAGUCAGAAAAAAAUCUUUUGGAUGAGAUGCCAGACACCAAAAUGACUGAUCUGUCUCAAACAAGACAGUACAACAGUUUUGACUCCAUGGGUGAAGAUACACUGCUGACCUGUGGCUCAGGGAGGGUAGGAAAUAUCUUACAGUCUAAUGUUGGAGGCACAGAUGAGUCAGCGCGUGGAGACAGCACAUCCAGGUCCAUGUCACCACAGUUUGUGGAGCCGUCCCCGGUGCGGCCGCGGCCUAACACUGCCUCCCCCAGCUGCUCACGACGGUCACUCUCAAUGGAGGUAGAUGACUCUUCUGAAAGAAAUUCCCAAUCAGAGCAACAGCUAGAACCAAUGGAGGUGGAAGACAAUGAUUCUACAUCUUCACCAGCCCGAAGUACCUCACGUUCACGAACAGUGAGCUGCUCGGAGCUGACAGAGGAGCAACUAAGACAAAUCACAGCCAAAAUACUACAAGUGUCAUGGUCAGAGGAUAGUGCUGGAGGAAUUUUUGUUCCAUCAGUGGCUGCAUCUUUGCUGGACAACCCUAAGCUGACUCUUGAUGAGUUAUCAUCUGAAGCCAUUAUGGAUGUCAUCACUCAGAUAGCUGAUGGGGCUGACCCACUGAACCAGAAGCUCCUAGCAGUAUCUGAGACUUCCAAGAGACUAAGUGAAGACUGUGGAGAUGACACACUAACAAGUGGGCCGCUCGGCUCUGAGACAGAUGUUGACAAAUCAGACUGCCCUACACCGUCACUGCCAAUUCCCAAAACCAUACCCACACAGGGUCUAGCUGUUAGUUACUUAUUUAAAUUCUACAAUAACAUUAACCUUUAUGAAAGAGAACAUCCAAAGAAGAGUUCAGAGCCACCCCUGAGUGAUCUGUUGCAAAACCUUAGAACUUUAAUAGUGAAUAACUUGGUGCUCGUGCUGCAAGGAGUGUUUGAGCUGGAGAAGUGCAAGAAGUCGGCACUGCUGCCCUAUGUACUCAUCGGGAACUCACCACUGGGGAUCAUACCUGAGUUGCUGCUGGCUACUUACUUGGACAAAGAAGUGUUUGAGCAAGUAUUCACGCCGCUACUGCUCGGCAUCCGCGAGGAGAUGCGCCGCUGCGUGGCGCCGGGCUGCGGGCGCGGGCACGGGGCGGCGCUGCGGGCGCUGCGCUCGCUGUGCGACAUGCGAGCCGGCCCGCGCCACGCCGCGCGCCCGGUCUGUUCCCUGCUGGCCCGCAUGCCUGCGCUGUGUCCCGCCGCCAUUACUACCGCGCCGGGGCGCGAGCUGGCUAGGACCUCCUUUUUGGGGCCGUUCUUUGCGAUAUCGCUAUUCGCGGAAGAGAACCCUCGCUUGGCCGAGCGACUCUUCACGUCGGGCUGCGGCCGCCACGGCGACCGAAGCCUGGCCUUCGCCUUACAACGCGAGGUGGAAGCCAGUCGCAACACGCUGCACAACAUCUGCCACAACAUCCUGCUCUGUCCCGACGCACGGGAGCCAUUCCUCAACUACUUCGCGGCUCUCCUGCAGAGGAAUGAAAGACGCGCGCAGUUGCAGACCGAUGAGAGAUCGCUGGCAGGCGACGGCUUCAUGCUGAACGUGUGUUCAGUGCUGCAGCUGCUAUCGGUGCGCAUCAAGCUGGACCGAGUCCACCCGCUCUACGCCUUCCGAGCCGACUCGUGGGCCAACAUCAAGGAUGACACCCGUCUCUACUUCACUACGCAGGAGGCCGCUGAUUGGUUGGAGGCCUUGAACAAGGAGCCGGGUCACAAGUGGCCCGAGGCGAAGUUCCAGACGGUGUGCUGGUUCCUCACGCUGCACGCGCACCACGUGGCGCUCAUCCCCGCGCUGCACACGCACCAGCGACGCAUCAGAGCAUUCCGCGACCUGCAGAAGGUGAUCGAGGACCUGGUGGCGAGCGAGCCGCAGUGGCGCAGCAGCGGCGCCGCCGCGCGCAACCGCGAGCUGCUGGCGCGCUGGCGCCGGCAGAUCGAGCGCCUGCACCGCUCAAAGCAAUGCGCGGAAACAGCGCUCCUAGACAACGAACUCAUGCGCCGCAGCCUGCAGUUCUAUGGCUCCGCGUGUGCGCUGCUGACUCAGCAGCUGCAGGCGGCGCAGCGCGGGGGCGGGCUGCUCGCCGCCGCGUUUAAAGCACUGCCCGAGUGGUAUGUGGAGGAUAUUGCCGAGUUCCUGCUGUUUGCUGUGCAAUACGCGUCCCCAGUCGUAGUAGAGUACAUCGAGGACUCCCACAUCACGUGGCUGCUAUCCGCCGUGUGCAGCUCGCAGCUCGUCAAGAACCCGUACCUCGUGGCCAAGAUCGUGGAGGUGCUGUUCGUCAUCGACCUGUCCGUGCCGCUGAAACUCAACAAUAUUUAUGAGAAAUUCAUGGACCACCCGCUCUCCCAGACGGCUCUUCCCAGCGCUCUCAUGAAGUUCUACACAGACAUCGAGACCACGGGGCAGAGCACCGAGUUCUACGACAAGUUCACCAUCCGCUUCCACAUCAGCAUCAUACUGAAGGGCAUGUGGGAACGCCCUAUACAUAAACAGGCCAUCGUGAAAGAAUCUCGCUCGGGGCGGCAGUUUGUCAAAUUCAUCAACAUGUUGAUGAACGACACAACUUUCCUAUUGGACGAGUGUCUUACGUAUCUGAAGCGCAUCCACGAAGCUCAAGAGCUGAGCCCGGGCACGUCCGACCCGCGCGCGCGCUCGCUCGCCCAGGAUGAGAGGCAGUGCCGCUCCUAUCUCACUCUUGCACGGGAAACAGUAGACAUGCUGGAGUACCUGACGGUGGAGAUCCAGGAGCCGUUCCUGCGGCCGGAGCUGGCGGACCGGCUCGCCUCCAUGCUCAACUUCAACCUGCAGCAGCUGUGCGGGCCCAAGUGCAACAACCUCAAGGUCCGUCGCCCGGAGAAGUACGGGUGGGAGCCGCGGCGGCUGCUGUCCCAGCUGGUCAACAUCUAUCUGCACCUCGACUCGCCGCCCUUCCACGCCGCGCUCGCUGCUGACGAGAGAUCGUUCCGCAAGGAGUUGUUCGAGGACGCGGCGAUGCGGCUCGCGAAGGCGUGCAUCAAGACGCCCUCCGAGAUCGAGCGCUUCAAGGCACUCGCAGAGAGCGCUUACCAGAUUGCCGUGUCGAACCAGCAGCAGAGCGACGAGUACGCGGACGCGCCCGAGGAGUUCCGCGACCCGCUCAUGGACACGCUCAUGACCGACCCCGUGCUGCUGCCCUCCGGCAAGAUAAUGGAUAGAUCCGUGAUUCUGCGGCACCUGCUCAACAGCAGCACCGACCCCUUCAACAGACAGCCGCUGACAGAGGAUCAACUACGUCCAGCAAGCGACCUCAAAGAGCGUAUUAUUCAAUGGCAGCGUGAGAAAGCGUCCACGUCGCAGGCGCCCUAAACGCCAACACUGAAGUCUGAUGUAUAUAACCCAAUAUAAUAAAGACUACUGGAUGUCCAGUACCAUAGACGGACUAUUGUCCACGUGCAUGAAUGUGAGAUUAUUUUAAGUAUCAAGCCAUAGGACACUUGUUUAUCGGUGUGGGAUCUGCAACAGCAACUUUACACAUCGUGAGCAAGCGUCCACACGGCUACACCAGAGGCAAGAUUGGAUUUGUGCAUUUUAUAGGAAAUCUGAAAACGUGUGCAAGUUACUACAAUAUGUUUAGGUCGGCUCUCAUUAGUGUAACUAAUGACUUUUUAAGUCUGUAUAAUAUGUAUGGAAUGUUCAUUCAUAAGACUUUAUUUUUUGUGCAAAAGAAACGAUAGAGAUGAUUUGAUUUAUACAAUUUAUGGAUUUUAUAUUUGCCUAGUGAUAUGUUUCAAUAUUCUUUGUAUAUUAUAAUUAUAAAUCAUACUUACUAUUAUCUCGUACAUAUAUUGUGAUUUAGUUCCUCCUGUUUCAUACCUUAGAUUAGUUAACAUGGGAAACGGAGAACGAAAUUUCGUAGUAUAGAACAUUCAGGAUCAUCAUUGUCUUAGAUAAUAUUUAUCAGGAAAACAUAUAUCUUACAUAAUUAAACCUACCUGCACAUAAAAAGCUUCUUCUUGAGAUGAUCCAAUUCGUGCAAUAGCACCAUAAUUUUUUGCAGGCAUUUCAAAUAUACUUACUCAUUUACAAGGUCUCAGAAACUUGUAAAAAAAUUGACGUGUAUUUAAUAUAUGUAUUACCAAGACGCGCAUAAAGCUCUCCCUAUGUUCAACAUCAAUAAAUAUAAUAUAAAUAA